AAAAGCUAAAGAGGGUUGAGAAAUCAAAAGCUUGCCUGCCCUGCCCCUCCCUCCGCUUCACCUGUUCUCUCUCUCUCUCUCUCUCUCUCUCUCUCUCUCUCUCUCUCUCUCUCUCUCUCUCUCUCUCUCUCUCUCUCUCUCUCUCUCUCUCUCUCUCGCUCCUUCUAUCUCUCUAUCUUCCUUUUCCCACUGAGUCGUAUCUCCUGGUCAGGUUUACUGUUCUCGCCAUCUUCUCACCAAGUCCCUCUGCUCCAUGGUUUGGGGCAAGUCCCAGUCCACAUGUGGGGUUACGACUGACAGGACUACACUACAGGAAACCUAGGAUACUUUGCAGACUUUUUUUAUUCUUCAACAAGGAGUUCAGAAACCCGUGGAUAUAAUAAUCUCACCCCGUUUGGAAUACCUAUGCUUGGCUCUUUGUUUCCAUUUGAACGCCCUGCUGUGAAGUGCCUGCAGACAAUCACUCCAUUCCUAACCUGGAUAUUGCCGUUUGAAUGCAGAGUUCAUCAACAUGGUAUUCAUAUAGUCUAACACGCUCCAGUGAUGGCUGGUAAUUUGGUGGUUACUUUGCCCGCGCUGGGAUAGACACCUUCCCCACCCUCUCUCCCUCCACGCUCCCCACCCUCCCCCUCCCCUCGCCUGCAUCCGAGAGAGCUCCAGAGAACGUCUGAGGUAAAAUGGCAGCUCACAAAGACGCCAGCUUCCUGCUCCAGCUGUCUCACCAUCCUCGAUGGCAGCCGUGCCCUGAGAGCAGGGAGAGGAAGAGACUCAGGAGGAAGUCACCACCUGAGGAGGACAGCUCUGUGCCUGAUGCUGCCGCGCCAUCAUCCCCGGUGUUCAGGUCGAAAAAAUGGUGGGGCAACUGGCUGAUGUUGCCCCUGGUCAUGGCCACAUACCUACCCUGCGAGGCCUGGGCGACGACCUUCAAGGUAGCCAUAGUCGGACCCUGGACAUGUGACCCAUUGUUCUCCAAAGCCCUCCCUGACCUCGCGGCUCGCCUUGCCACCAGUCGCAUCAACAAAGACCCGUACAUCAGCAAAGGCUACUGGUACGACUACACGCUCAUCAACGAGGACUGCCAGUCUCCCCGCGCUCUGGCCCGCUUCGCCGAGCUGGAAGGUUACGGCUCGGCGUUCCUGGGCCCGGCCAACCCGGCCUACUGCUCCUCCGCGGCGCUGUUCGCCAAGAACUGGAACAAAGGACUCCUCUCUUGGGGCUGUCUGAAAGCCAACAUGGAGGAGGGGCCGUACCCGACCUUCCUGCGACCUCUGCCGCUGUCGUCCCGCGUGCUGUUCUCCGUGCUGCGCUUCUUCCGCUGGGCUCACGUGGCGAUCGUGACGGCGGAGGGCGACCUCUGGGAGGCCACGGGGAACGAGCUCGCCGCCUCGCUGCGCGCUCUCGGCCUGCCCGUCAACACCGUGGUAACCAUGGAGAUGGACAAGGAGGGGCCCCAGAGGGCCCUGUCCAAGGUGCGGGACGCAGACCGCGUCAGAGUGGUCAUCAUGUGCAUGCACUCUGUCCUGAUUGGUGGAGACGCCCAGUACCAGCUGCUAACCACCGCCAUGGACAUGCGCAUGAUCGACCGCGGCUACGUCUUCAUCCCCUACGACACACUCCUGUACGCCCUGCCCUACCGCGACACGUCCUACCCCGUCCUGGCCAACGACACCAAGCUGCGGAAGGCCUAUGACGGCGUCCUCACCAUCACCAUGGAUCAGGGAGAGCGCAACUUCUACGAGGCCUUCAGAGACGCGCAGGACUCAUAUGAGAUCCGCACCAGCACCCCCCCAGAGCAGGUGUCUCCGUUCUUCGGAACCAUCUACAAUAUGCUCUACUUCCUGGCCAUGUCUGUGGAGCAGGCGCGUCUCUCUGAUGGCCGCUGGGUGACCGGAGACGUCCUGGUCAAGAGCGAGGGGGGCUUCGACUUUGAGGGCUUCAACCAGCCGCUGAUCUCGGGCAGCGACGGGGAGGGGAUGCAGGGUCGCUACGUGGUUCUGGACACCAACGGGUUCACCUCCAGCCUCUACGCCACCCAUGCCCUGGAGGCUUCACACACCUACGGCAAAUACGGAAGCCUGAAGUAUAAAGGGCAGUCGAUCCACUUUGCCGGCAGCACGCCGUACACUGACUCCGGGUGUUGGUUCAGCUCGUACUUUGCCUGCAGUGGAGGGAUGGGUGGAGAUAUUCUCUUCUUCAUGUUCAUGCUCUGCAUCAUGCUGGCCGGUGGAGGAGCAGCUGCCUUCCUUCAUUUCAGGAAGAGUGGCCGGGUGGGGUUCAGUUUUGCCGGCGGCAGCAUGGGAGCAGGGAGAGGGAACCUGAAGAUGGUUCUGAGUCUCGACGACCUGAUCUUCAUCAACACUCAGCUCAGCAGACAGAAGCUGAACGAGGAAAGCAUGAUAAAGAGUCAGCUGGACAUGAAGGCCUCUCGCUUCUCUGUGUCUGGUCGGAGUUACUUUGCCUCCACGCCCGAGAGCUCCAACGUGGCCGUCUAUGAGGGUGACUGGGUCUGGCUUAAGAGAUGCCCCAAUGGAAAUGCUGUGUCAUCUGUCAACGAGAAGACUAAGACUAUCUUCAACAUUCUCAGGGACAUGCGUCAUGAGAACCUGAACCUGUUCCUGGGUCUGUUCCUGGACUGCGGCAUCUUUGGCAUCGUGACGGAGUACUGCACCCGGGGCAGUCUGGAGGACCUGCUCAACAACGAGGAGAUGCGUCUGGACUGGAUGUUCAAGUCUUCCUUACUCAUGGACCUUAUCAGGGGGAUGAAGUACCUGCACUAUCGGGACAUCAUCCACGGACGCCUUAAGUCCCGUAACUGUGUGGUGGACGGCCGCUUCGUCCUGAAGGUGACUGACUACGGCUUCAACCAGGUGGUGGACAGCCAGGAUAUCGGGGAGGAGGAGCAGCGGCCGGAAGACCAGCUGUGGACCGCUCCAGAGCUGCUGAGAGACAGCAAGCUGAACAGGAAGGGGAGCUUCUCAGGAGAUGUUUACAGUUACGCCAUCAUCAUGCAGGAAGUCAUCUCCCGCAGUUCCCCCUUCUGUAUGCUGGACAUGCCUCCCAAGGAGAUCAUCAACAAGGUGAGGUCCCCCCCUCCCCUGUGUCGGCCCUCUGUGUCGCUGGACCAGGCCCCGCUGGACAUGAUCCAGAUCAUGAAGCAGUGCUGGAGCGAGGAGCCCGACCGCAGGCCAACCUUCGAGGAGAUCUUCAAACGGGUCAAGAACUUGACCAAAGGGAAGAAGACCAACAUCAUCGACUCGAUGCUGCGCAUGCUGGAGCAGUACUCCACCAACCUGGAGGACCUGAUCCGGGAGAGGACAGAGGAGCUGGAGGUGGAGAGACAGAAGACCGACCACCUGCUGGCCCAGAUGCUGCCCAAGUCUGUGGCCCAGGCCCUGAAGACGGGUCAGCCUGUGGAACCGGAGCACUUUGCCGUGGUCACCCUGUACUUCAGCGACAUCAUGGGGUUCACCACCAUCUCUGCCCUCAGUGAGCCCAUUGAGGUGGUGGACCUGCUCAACGACCUCUACUCGCUCUUCGAUGCCAUUAUCGGACUGCAUGAUGUCUACAAAGUGGAGACUAUAGGAGACGCCUACAUGGUGGCGUCUGGAGUUCCCAACCGCAACGAGAACCGCCACGCUGCGGAGAUGUGCAACAUGUCUCUGGACAUCCUGCACUGCAUAGGGGCCUUCAGGAUGAGGCACAUGCCCGACGUGAAGGUCAAGAUCCGCAUCGGCCUCCACUCUGGCCCUGUGGUAGCAGGAGUGGUGGGGCUGACCAUGCCUCGGUACUGCCUGUUUGGAGACACCGUCAACACCGCCUCUCGAAUGGAAUCCACCAGCUUGCCUUACAGGAUCCACGUCAACAAAAGCACAGUAGAUAUCCUGACCGUCCUGAACCAGGGAUACAAGAUAGACAACAGAGGAUUGACAGAACUGAAGGGGAAAGGGGUGGAGAACACGUUUUGGCUGGUCGGCAAGGAAGGGUACCUCAAACCCCUCCCUGUCCCACCUGACCUCACGCCCGGGGCGAGCAAUCAUGGCAUCUGCGUGGAGGAGAUUCCUGCCGACAGGAGACAGAAGUUCCUGGAUCGGCAGAAGAAGAUGGGCUAGAAUCCGCUAUCACCUCCAUCCACCAGGGGAAGUUUGAAGUCAGCCAACACAGAUAUGGACACUGGAGAGUUGCUGUGGAGAAGGAGGAGGAGGAGUGUGCACCAGGCCAGUCCUACACACACUCGGAUCAGCAGGUUGUGCCCAAACAAGCCAAAGUUGGACAGACACUGUCAUCAACACAUCACAUAUGGUGCGCUGAGCAAGGAUGAGUUAAAACGAGAGUUUGUGAUGAGAAGCAUAAACAGGACUACCACGAGGGAGAACUACUACAAAGCAGAAUAGUUAGAAAAGACCAACAUGCUUUGAUGUGCUAGAGAAUCAAGCUUCUCUAAACCACCAUUGGAAACCUAUGGAAUCUUGCUGAAGUCAUCUUUAAACAAAGGUUUUAUCACGUGUUAAAUUACUGUAAUGUACUAAUCUCUACUGUCUCUCUUUCUUUGUAGAAUUAUUUGAGUGAUUUCAUGACAAGCAUCCCGAGGGUGUCAUGCAUUCCUUUUCAGUCAGGCAGAUGAGUUUUAGCUCCUAUGCACAUCCCAACUCUCAUAGUGACUGGUAGAUUACCACAGACACACAAGGUAGAAUAUAUUUAAUUCCUUACAGGUCUGAGAUAGGCUUGUAUUAUUCUGGUUGAUAGAAAUUCUUCCUUUUCUAUAACCAUGAUGUUACCAUAAUUCAGGCCUUUGAUGUAUUCAAUGAGAACUGAGAAAUGUUGACCCCUCCCCUUGACAACAAAUGCCACUGUGUAGUCAUUGACAGUAGUCUGUCAAUUAGUUAAGAGAUUAAAAUAUAUUUUUAGGUUAAACAGAUGGGUUGAAGGCUACAACCAUUGUUGCCAUCAGAAGCUCCAGGAAAGGAACAGUAAAAUAUCACAUAUCAUCUCUCAAAAAAUAAGGCUAUCAUUGUUUUAUUGUGCUAUUCCGUUAAAUCCAGGUACGUCUUUAUAGACUUGUUGAUUUUUACCUCAGUAACUCUUCUUUUUGAAAU